AUGAGAGCGGCCGUACCCUUAGCGGCGCUCCUCGUCGUGCUCCUCCUGGUCGCCGCGGCGUGCGCGGGGAGGAGCGAGGAGGAGGACCCGGAGGUGACGGCGUGCAGGCAGCAGUGCGCGGGGCAGCGGCAGUUCGGCGCCGAGGAGCGGCGGUACUGCGCGGCGGCGUGCGACGAGUACGGCCGGAUGAAGCGGCGCCGGGAGGAGGAGGAGGGCCGACGCAGCGCGGAGAAGGAGCGCGACCGGUGCCUGCACGAGUGCCGCGCCGCCGGCCCGCGCAAGCCGGGCUGCGAGCAGAGGUGCCUCGACGAGUACGAGCGGGCCACCCACCAAGGCACCAAGCCGGACGACGCCUGA